AUGGCACGUUUAGAAAAGAUAACCAUUCGAAAAGCUGCUGAGAGCGAUCUGCCAAGUAUGAUACGAAUUAUGGACGAAGCUUUGGGAAAUCCAACAAUUGAUGAUAAGAUGGAACAACGAGUGGAGCUUUGGUUAACGAGAUUCAAUAACAAGUUACAGUUCAUAUUUUAUGUGGCUGAAGCCGACGAUGAGAAUUUAGUUGGUUGGUGUUGUGGCGGACCGACAAUGGAAUGCCAUCAAACAGUUGCUCAUCAAAUCUAUGAUUGUGAAAUAACACAUAUAUUUAUUCGUCAACAAUAUCAACAUCGAGGUAUUGGGCGUGAACUAUGGAAAAUUGUAUGGAAUGAUAUUCUUCUAAGAUUUCAUCCGAAGAAUUUCGUUGUCUGGUCAGUUGAUAACGAGCAAGCGCAUCGAUUUUAUGUAUCACUUGGCAGUGUACAGGCAGAAAAAAGGAAGUUCGGUGAACUGUUUCUAACAGCAUUUAUAUGGAGCGCGCUUAAGCCGUUCGAAUUCACAAAUUUUCUAAUAUUUAUAUAA